ACGUCGCGGCACCACGUGCGCGGCCCGUGAUCCUUCGACCCGAUCCGCGACGGUUCCCCGAGUUCGGUGAUCUCUAACCAGGAAUAUCUCGAUCGACCCCGCGCAGAACGAUCGAUCUCCUCCUUUCUUACUCAAAGUGACUGGUGAUUUGUGAUACGAAACGGGAGCAAUUGUGUGAGAAGCUUCGGAGCCCGGGAUCAUUGGGAAGGAGGCGCGGCUGUCUCCGUGUCAGUCAGCCAGACACCCACCCCCGUUUGAUGAAGUCAAGGAUAACAGGCUACAAAUAGGAUACGCGACGGCGGGACGGGGAGCCGACAACAGCUCUGGGCGUAGUCGGGGUUAACGAUGAGCGGAUCGAGACGAGCCGGCCAAGGAGCGGCGCGAUAAUAAUAACAUGUGGACGACGUGGCCGCGUACGAGGCGCAAGUGGCGUGGGUCGCCGCGUAGCGAGCACGGUGCCCGCGGCAGCCGCGACGGAUUCCGUUUCAUCUACUCCGUGGUGUUGGCCGCGUGCAUGGCGGCGCAGGAAGCGAGGAGUGCCAAGUGUCCGCCGCCGGACACGAUACCCGGCUGUCCCUGCUACAAUUUCGAGGACGGCCUGUUCCUGGAAUGCGCCGGGACCACCGAGGAGUCCCUCAGGAGCGCUUUGUCCGGCGUGAUACACGCCGCCGAGGGAGAAGGAGCGGUAGUACAGUCCCUGAGCGUCUACGAGCUAGACAGAAAAGUGGAGGAGCUCCGUGCAGCCGCGUUUCCGGCCGGCUCGCAGAUCAGGCACCUGCAGAUCUCUCACUCGGCGAUCCGCGAGAUCAGCGAGGACGCGUUCAAACGCCUAAGCAAGAGCCUGGAAUCCCUGGGACUAGUUUCAGGCCGCCUAGCACACGUGCCACAAAAAGCAAUGGCCACUUUGAGCUAUUUGAAAGCCUUGGAUCUGGAAGCAAACCUGGUGCACGAGCUACCUAGCUACAGCUUCUACGGAUUGUCGUUGAUAAAGCUGAACCUGAAAGGCAAUCAGAUAGUUAAAAUCUCGGAGUACGCAUUCGCUGGCCUAGAGGACACUCUAACUGACCUGGACCUGGCGGAGAACAAGAUCAGAGUGUUCCCGAUGACGUCUCUCAGACGACUGGAACACCUAACCUCGUUGAGGCUCGCCUGGAACGAGGUGUCCGAGCUGCCGGAAGACGGCUACUCCCGUCUGGACGCGUUGAACUUCCUCGAUCUCAGCAGCAACAACUUCAAGAAGAUCCCUCUGAACUGCUUCCGGUGUUGUCCGUCCCUGAAGAUACUCUCGUUGUACUACAACGCCGUCGAGUUCGUCGACAAGGACGCGUUCAUCUCGUUGAUCGACCUGGAGUCCAUCGAUCUCAGUCACAACAAGAUCGUUUCCCUGGACGUUUCCACGUUCAGAGCGAACCAGAGGCUCAGGUCGAUCGAUCUCAGCCAUAAUCACAUACACUACAUACGCGGUGUGUUCUCCAAGCUGCCUGAACUGAAGGAGCUCUUCCUAGCUGAGAACAACAUACUCGAGAUACCAGCGGAGACUUUCGCCGGCAGCAGCAGUCUAUCCGUGGUCUAUCUUCAGCAGAACGCUAUCAGAAGGAUCGACGCCAGAGGUUUAGCUACCCUGAGUCAGCUCGCUCAGUUGCACCUCAGCGGCAAUUACAUCGAGAAGGUUCCCAGAGACUUUCUCGAGCACUGCGAGAACCUCUCCACGCUCUCGUUGGAUGGUAACAACAUUCGGGAGCUGGAAGUGGACACUUUCGCCAAGGCGAAGUCAUUGAGGGAGCUAAGACUGCAGGACAACCAGAUCACCGAGGUGAAGCGCGGCGUGUUCGCGCCGCUGCCGUCCCUGCUGGAGCUUCAUUUGCAGAACAACGCGAUCUCCGACAUAGAGACAGGCGCGCUGAGGUCUCUGCACAGCUUGCAGCACGUGAACCUCCAAGGCAAUCUGCUCGCAGUGCUGGGAGACGUGUUCCAAGUGUCGAACGACGUUGGUCAAAACGGGAACAGCGGCAGCUCGCUCGUCUCCAUUCAACUGGACAACAACGGACUCGGCGUGCUUCACAAUGACUCUUUGAGGGGCCAGGCGUCGGUCAGGAUCAUGUGGCUGGGUCACAACAGGCUGACUCGCCUGCAGGCGCCGUUGUUCAGGGACCUUCUGCUCGUCGAAAGACUGUACCUGACGAACAACUCGAUAUCGCGGAUAGAAGACACCGCGUUCCAACCGAUGCAGGCGCUCAAGUUUCUCGAGUUAAGUAUGAACAGACUCAGCCACGUCACCAUAAGGACUUUCUCCGAGUUGCACGAACUGGAGGAGCUCUACCUGCAGGACAACGGACUGAGUCACUUAGAUCCUUACGCUCUGACUGCUCUCAAACGCUUGAGAGUCCUCGAUCUGGCGAACAACCAUCUGAACGUGCUGCACGAUAAGAUCUUCCAAGAGGGGCUGCCGAUCAGAACGCUGAAUCUGAAAAACUGCUGCGUCAGCGUCAUCGAGAACGGCGCGUUCCGAGGGCUGAACAACCUCUACGAGCUGAAUCUGGAGCACAAUCAUCUCACUGCCUCCGCUUUAGAUCGCUUGGACAUCCCCGGCUUGAGAAUACUGAGGAUAUCUUACAACAACUUCAGUCAGAUCAACGCGAACUCCUUAGACGGGCUGCCCUCCCUCCAGCACCUAGCCAUGGAGUCCUCUCAGCUGCACAUAAUGCCGCCGGAGAUAUUCUCGAAGAACAAAAACCUGGGGAAACUAUUGCUGAGCAACAAUCUCCUGAAAAUGCUGCCUGGUCUGCUGUUCUUAGGACUGGAAACCUUGAAGGAGGUGAAGCUCGAUGGGAAUCGCUUCCAAGUGAUCCCCUACGAAGUCUUCACGAACGCCACCACCGUGGAAUUCUUGUCUCUAGCGAAUAACGUGAUCUUGAACGUGGACAUGUCGAGGCUGGUCGGAUUGGCCAGCCUGAGGGAGCUAGAUCUAAGAGGCAACUACAUCAUGACGCUCUCCGGCUUCGCCGGAGUGAACCUGUCCAGGCUGAUCUCCGUAGAUCUGAGCCACAAUCAUCUGACCGCUCUGCCAGCGAACUUCUUCGCCAGAUCGAACCUGCUGCGAAAGGUCGAACUGGCGGCCAACAAGUUCCAUCAGAUACCGGCGGUGGCAUUGUCAGCGCAGAACAUACCUAACCUGGCUUGGCUGAACGUCACGGCGAAUCCCUUGGUCAGGAUACACGAGAUCAGCUCGGACGCCAGGUAUCCGGCUCUCCAGGAGAUCCAUAUAUCGGGGACUAACCUGACUAUAGUGACCAGCCGGGAUUUCGAGGCGUUCCCUGCGCUGAUGCAUCUGUUCAUGGGCAACAAUAUGAUCUCCAGGGUGUCUCCCAGCGCGUUUCACAGUUUGCUGGAGCUGUUGACUUUGGACUUAAGCAUGAACGAGCUGGAACUGCUGCCGCAGGAGAGGCUGAAGGGACUGGAGCAUCUGAGGUUGCUGAAUCUCACGCACAAUCGAUUGAAGGAGCUCGAAGAUUUCCCGCCAGACCUGAAGGCGCUCCAGGUGCUGGAUCUAUCGUAUAAUCAGAUCACCGGCGUCGGCAAGAGCACGUUCCAGCAUCUUGAGAACUUGGCUGAACUCCACCUGUACGGUAACUGGAUAUCUUCGAUCUCGCCGGACGCGUUCAAGCCGCUGAAGAAACUGAGGAUCCUGGAUCUCAGUCGGAACUACUUGGCGAAUCUGCCGUUGAACGCGUUCCGGCCCCUCGAGACACAGAUUAGGAGCCUUCGGGCUGAAGAUCAGGGCAAGGAUCCUCGAGCCAAGCUCCCGCUCCACGAAGCUGUUCAAGCUGUCCGCGAACACGCACUACCGUAUCUGCGUGUUCAGCCUAGGCAACUGGAUGUCCCAGCACCUGGAGGAGGACACGAUGGACCAGUUCAACUUCUCCAACCACGAGACGUUCGAGUCGGUGUCGGACGUGCAGAUGACAGACACGUCGACCAGCCGUUGCACGGAAGUGAAGACGCUAGAAGCGCCGGAAGCCGUGAUAAGCAGCGACGGCACCUCAAUGGGCGACGUCGGCAGCGUGAGCAGCUUCCUGACCAGGCGUCUAGGCCUGAUAGUCGGCUGCUGCAUGGGGUUCGUGGUGUUCCUGCUGCUAGUGUCCGUCCUAGGCUACCUGAAGGUGAAGAAGCAGAGGGAGACGGUGAAGAGGGAGCAACCGAUCCCGCCGGAGUACAUCUCGUACAGGCACUUCAGCAUACAGAGCGGAGAAGCCGGCCACGCGGCCAGGCAAGCCAGCCAGGAGGGCCACAACGCGAAUUUCAUCAACAGCAUGGGCAACACGAACCUGAACGUAUGAGACAAGCCAAAAAACUCCCGACUCGUGGAGGUUUCGAACGUUUGAGCGGACACCGUGGCGAGAAACCCAUGGUUCCAGCGGCAAACGCGAAACACACCCGACUCGCGGUAGUUUACCAAAGCGGACAGGAAAAUCUGAAGCCAAUAACACCUCCCGAAGAGGAUUGUAAGCUGAAUUCUAAUGAAGCCGAGACGAGGUUCCUCGGUUUCGAAACGAAAUCAUCGCACGGUCCACCGGCGGCGAUGAACUCGAGGCGAACUCGACGCGGUGCGCGUGUGGAAGUGCGACGAUCUGCGGACAAUUCGCGGCGUUUUAUAUGUGAUUUUCUACGAAUCUUACCUAGCACUCGGCCACGAACGGCGGUCCAGCGCGAGAGGAAGCUGGCUGACAGUGAGGGAUCGGGGAAAGGACCCGGGAAACGAGGGACAGCGCGUUCUCCGAGCGAUUUACGAGCGAGAAACGUAGAUACGCCGCGCAGAAGGUGGUAUUGUGUUUUCGAAAUGGCUCGGGAAACCGCUGGACAAUGGCCAGCGCCGAGUUCUUGAAUUUCCUGAUAUCGGCCGACGGGACGAUGAUGGAUCGCCCCGGAACGUUUCAGGCCGAGUCCCGGCUCGCUCGAACGAACUUUUAGGCGAAUUUUCGACGACUCUUCAUCUAGCGAACGUAGUUCAAUUUAUAGG